GCGAUUAAGUGUUUCUACGCAUGAGUUUAGCUAGCCAACGUCGACAUGACAUCGUCUACCAGUGUGAUUUGGGAUUUCUAUUGGAGAAUCAUACUGUACUAACUUUGGCUAUAUCGUAAACAUAGAACCAAAAAAAUGGCGGAAGCACCUCCAUGGCCCAGCCGGUUUUUCUGUCACAGAUGUUCGGAAGAGAUCAGCCCUCGUCUCCCCGAUUACACAUGUCCUCGGUGUGAAUCUGGCUUUAUCGAGGAACUGCUGGAGGAGAGACGCAGUGAAAAUGGGUCCACAUCCACCAUCUCCAGUGGUGACCAGAACCAACAUCCAUUUGAGAAUGUGGACCCUUCAAAUAUAUUUACGUUCCCCUCGGGUUACGGCCAGUUUGCUAUGGGUGUCUUUGACGACUCCUUUGACUUCGGAGCGGGGCUGGGAGGAGCUGGGUUGGGAGGAGCAGGGCUAGGAGGAGCUGGGUUGGGAGGAGCAGGGCUAGGAGGAGCUGGGUUGGGAACAGAGGACAACCGCGACGCAGAGAAUCGUCGAGAACGGGAGAUGGCAUCACGGCAGCGAUACGGCGCCAGGCAACCUCGCGGUCGCCAUGGCGUCAGGAGGCAGGCAGGGAGACCGGAGGGAGUGCCCACUUUAGAGGGAAUCAUUCAGCAGCUAGUGAAUGGAAUAAUCGCCCCUGCGGCAGUGCCAAAUAUUGGUGUGGGACCCUGGGGCGUGCUUCACUCAAACCCCAUGGAUUACGCCUGGGGUGCCAACGGACUAGAUGCAAUCAUUACACAGUUAUUAAAUCAGUUUGAGAACACUGGCCCUCCGCCAGCUGAUGGGGACAAAAUCAUGAGCCUUCCCACAGUCCUAAUCACACAGGAGCAUGUAGGCUCUGGUCUAGAAUGUCCAGUGUGUAAAGAAGACUACAGUGCUGGAGAAAACGUUAGGCAACUUCCAUGUAAUCAUUUGUUUCACAAUGAUUGCAUAGUACCCUGGCUUGAACAGCACGACACAUGUCCAGUGUGCAGGAAAAGCUUAAGUGGACUGAACACAGCCAUGAAUCCUCCAGGUCUAUCAGGGAUGAACUUUGCCUCUUCCUCUGCACCCCCGUCCUCCAGCUCAACCAGCAAUGAGAACUCGGCCAACAACUCCUAAAAAAACAUUUCCCUUCCCACACAACCCAGUGAACUGCCCCUCCUCAGCCAGUUGGGUACCAGUCUCACCCUGUCAAGGGGAGCUGAGAGCAACCACCCAGUCUCCUCCUCACCUGGAUCACUGCCUCACACUGGACCGGAGCCAGCAGGAAUCCAAUUAAAUUAAAGUCAGUAUGUUUCUGCCCCAACCGAGGCUCUCCUCAAGCCUUCAGGAAUGUUGCUUCUUGCUGCGUGGAAGGAUGGAUUCGGCCCUCUGCCUGGGGAAGAUAUGGAGGAUAGGAACAUUAGGAGGGUCACUCUCUGGAUAACCUCAACAUGCAACAACAGAACAAGCCAGUUAGUCCUUCAUUCUGAGGGGAGACUGGGGGAGAGAUCUUUCUGGUCUUCUCUCACCAAGUCGGUUGUUUUUUUUAAAUAUUUUUUUUGACAUGUUUUAUGAGCAUUCAUAUUUGUAUUGCUAAAGUUCUUAAAUGAAAACUUUCAGGAGGAAAGGAGGCUGAGUAUAGGAUGUAUACUUGGUUUGGAUUCUGCAGCUAUUUUUUCCAUGGAUUGGAAACAUCUAUCAAAUUUGAAGUGUUUUUCUCAAACAGAAAAGCGUUUACCCUUCAUACAAUGUACUUUUACAUUGAAUGAACCAACCCCCAAUCAUUUUCUUAUUGACUGAAGUUGUAUGUGCACCAUUGUUUUGCCCUUUGAAUUAAGAAACAAACUACAUUUGGCUAUGUGUUUUUUGGAGAACUGACUUGGGUGCUGGAUUAAGUCAAAGGUUACUACAUUCCUCUUUGUAACGACAGAGGUAAAGAUCCAGUAGUUAACCUGCUAGACAGAUUCUAACAGCAUUUUCUCAUCCGAUCAUACAUAAUCAGCAAGUUUCAGUGAAUUGGUUUUUUUCAAUUUUUUAUUUUUUUAAAAUUCUAAGUGAAUUCAAUGUUUUUGUACAAUUCACAGUAGACCAGUGAAAUAUAUAGAUUUGCAGAUCAUGUAAAACCCUGAACAAGACAUGAACUGAUGAGAAAAUAAAGAUGUUUAGGUGCUACCACUGUAAUACAAAAUGUCUGUUAUGUGGUGGGCCGUAGUAAGC